AUGGCUAGUUCGAACAGUCCUAUACAUGUGGACGAUGGGUUUAAUGAGUAUGAAAGUCUUGCCAAACGUCAAAAGUCUACCACUUCAAAGGUGUGGGAUGAAAUGACAAAGUUUGAAUGCGAGAACAAAAAUGAAUUGAAGGCACAAUUUAAAGCUGGUUUGGAACUUGCUGAUGAUGUUGUUGCUAAGAUUCAAAAUGGAAUUAAGUACAUAAAAAAGUCGGGAACUCGUAGGAAAAGAUUUUAUGAUGUGGCCGACAAAAGUUUUCAUUUGAAUGUGACCAAAAAGUUGCGUCAAGAUGUCUGUGUGAGAUGGAAUUCUACUUAUUUGAUGCUUGAAUCUUCUCUUUACUAUAAAGAUAUGCUAGAUUAUUGGGGCCAACGGGAUAAAGAUUAUCAAUUAUUUGCACUUUCUAACGAGGAGUGGAGAAAUGUUGCUAUUCUUUGCAAAUUUUUGAAAGUCUUUUAUGAUGUGACUUGUGUUUUUUCUGGUUCUAAUUAUCCAACGGCUAAUCUUUAUUUUAGAGGUGUUUGGAAGGUUCACAAGGUCUUGCUUGAUACAGUUAAAGAUCCUCGUUACAAGUUGAAUUAUAUGCAGUAUUGCUUUACUACAAUAUAUGGUAUUCAUGCUUCAGAUUUUGUUGAAACCAAUCUUAGCAAUCUUAGACUCUUGUUUGACGAGUAUGUUAAGAAAUCCAAAUCCACAUCUUCCUCUUUGGCUGGGAGUUCUAAUGUUUCGGAUAAAAAUCCUGUUGAUUCUAGUUUGGGUGAACACAAUGUUAAUAAUGUUGAUUUUGGAGGAGAUUUUGAUGAGAGUGAUGAUUAUAAACGAUAUUUAAAUGAAUCUAGCACUAGGAGUGAAAAGUCACAGUUGGACAUUUAUUUGGAAGAACCGGAGCUUGAGUUGAAUAGUCAAAUAGAUGUUUUGGAUUAUUGGAGUAAAAGUUCAGUUCGGUAUAAUGAGCUUUCAUUAUUGGCUCGUGAUCUUUUGGCAAUUCCAAUAUCAAUUGUAGCUUCGAAUCGGCUUUUAGUAUGGAACGAUGAGGAUGAUGAGGAUGACGAGGACGAUGAGGACGAUGUUUCUUCGAUUGCUUUUUAG